AAGGCUGGAGUAAGGAAGGAAAGGAGACAAGGACGCCGCCAAAUGGUAGCGGGUCGCGUCCUGCUGUAUUCCUUCGACUCCGUUCAUCUCUAUUCACAGUAAAUAGAAGCAUGGAGGCUUUGACUCUCGGGAGCUAACAGCGAGCAGCGGGGGGUAAAAACGCUGCCGCAUGCGCUCUCGCCUCGACUAAAACACACAGGAAGGAAGCGUGAUAGUGGUGAGGCUUUGGCCAGUUGGAUUGAACUCAUUUUAAGUGAAAGCAAGGUGUGCUGGUGGCGACAGGAGCGGGACAGCCCGCCGUGCAGAGCAUGAAGCGGACGGCUGUGGUGGCCAGGCACAAUGGCCUCGUCUCUCCGUUGGGGAACAACAACUCUGGAGCUUCUAGCAUCGUCUCGCCACCCCAUCCGAGAGCUACCAGUAUCCCCGCUUCUGCCGACACCGAUGCGGGCGGUGGGAUGGACGGCCUGCUGGAUUUCUCCAAAGGCCCCACCGUUAAAACGGAGCUAGUGUGCAAAUGGAUUGACCGAACUUCUUCAAGACAGAGGCUUGGGCGGACGGCGACAUCCGUCUGCGAUCAAACUUUCAGCUCCAUGCACGAGCUCGUGGACCACGUCACCACCGAGCAUGUAGCUGCGGGGCUGGAAAGCCUCAGUCACGUCUGUAUGUGGGACGAGUGUAUGCGCGGCGGGAAGGCGUUCAAAGCCAAAUACAAACUCAUUAACCACAUUCGCGUGCACACCGGGGAGAAGCCGUUUUCAUGCGCAUUUCCCAAUUGCGGCAAGAUGUUCGCACGCUCGGAAAACCUCAAGAUCCACACGCGCACGCACACUGGUAAGGGUUCGUGAUUGUGUGACUGCUACGAGAGCGCAGAUACUGUCAUUGCGCCCGCUCAGUCCGUGCCAUCCGUCAACACAAGCUUCCUGUCAGGGACCGAGAACACAGAGCAUAAUACACAGCGCUCUCCCCUGCUAGGAAUCCCCUCCAUGUUUACUUGGGCUUAGUUCGGUGUAGAUUCACAUUAGACUUGAGUGCUCCCUUGUUUCCUCGAGCAGCCACGGUUCUAAACUGCAGCAGAGGAGUCAAGCAAGGUGACAGGCAUCAGCACAGGUCAGAACUGAGGUUUAGUUUAGUCCUCAGGACGUGUAUGAGCGGUAAACCCGUCCUUGGGCAAUGACUAUACAUCAGUUAUUAAUCAUCAAUAACAACAGCGCUUACUGCGUUUAGGAUCUUGAAAUCAACAAGCCAGUAAAAGUCACCAGCUAAACUAGAAACAACCACACAAUGCAGAAAAUGAGUGCGAUGCUGUACCGACAUCACGGGCAGGGUAGCGCAGGGCGCUGAUUGAAACUGGCUGCAUGUGUGACAGAUGAUGCUCUGAAACUGCAUCCAAUAAAAACUGGUACUUACUGGGUGCACCCCCCCCAACAAGCUCUCACACACCUUCAUUCAUUCAUUCUAUAGACAAGUGCCACGUCUAACAUUCAUGCAUGCACUCACAAUCUAAUGGGUCAACUUACUCCAGGAUGCUUGGACAUGCAGGCUGAAGGGGCUGGGGCUCAAGCCACCAGCUCUCUGAUUGGUAGAAAAGCUGCUUCUGAUGUGAGUCACAGAGGCUCCAGCUAAGUGGUCUGCAGCCGUAUAAGUAGCUGAGUGGUCCCACAUACAUGCAGGUCCAUUUUCUGACCAUGUCUCUUAAAGAUGCUUUAUUACCACAACACUGAGUUUAUGUUACUGAUAUAGACUUUUUCUAGGAAGGCCUGUGAUGGCAUGAUGUCACGGUAGAGGCUCUGUACAUAGACUGUACAUAAAAGAUGGACACAGAUUCCAGUGAAGCCCGUGUCGGUGUAGCUAUAGUGGUGAGGUGAAAAAAGAUCAGCACAUAGCUUCAAAAAGAGGUCUGCCACUGCAUUCAUCUUUAAUACAGUCGAUGCUUUUAUGUGUGCUUCCAGUUUCCCCAAGACAUCACUCCCAUUCCCGUUAAAGACAGCAUGAAAGCAUUAGUACAACUAUGUUUUCAAAAGGAAUACAAAACAUGCAAAUGUUAAAAUUUAGCAUGUCGUUAUCUCUUCUGCUGAUAAUCAUUCAUCGUUUUACAUUAAGCUAAAUCAACCAGUCUUAUGUGAAAACAGGGUUUUUUAUUAGCUGGUGCUUCCUCGCUGACCCCACCGUGUUUUCUCUUUAUCCCAGAAGAAGGUAAAAACCCUGGUGUGUGUCUGUCCUCCCAUAUGGAAAAGAUAAAUAUAACUCUUAUAAAGUUUGUAUCUGCCUUGUGUGAAACGUGUAUGAAAAG